CCCCUAAGGUUUUGGAGCCGUGGGAAGUUAUAAAUAGCCAAGAUGAGGGCCCAUAUGCUGUCAGAACCAAGGUUGGCUGGGUCAUUAAUGGUCCUCUUCAUGGUGGAAGCUGUAGAGGUGGUGACACUGCACAGGCUCCGCAGGAAUACCGCAUGAAGGUACAUCUAUUUGGAGCUGCAUCAUCGCCAAGCUGUGCCAAUUAUGCCUUAAGGAGAACUGCAGAUGACAACGCAGAACACUUCCCUCCAGAAGUUGUGAGUACAGUGAAAAACAAUUUUUAUGUUGAUGAUUGCCUCCGUUCAAUGGCCUCAGAAGAGGAAGCUAGGAAAAUGAUCCAGGAUUUAACUGCACUCUGUCAGAAGGGAGGAUUCACUCUGUCAAAAUGGGUCAGCAAUAGUCGUGCAGUGUUGCGCUCUGUCAGUGAAGUCCACAGAGCAAAAGACAUGAUGGAGCUGGAUUUGGAUACAGAUCAACUUCCUGUUGAACGUACAUUAGUACAGUGGUACGUUGAGACUGAUCAAUUUGGAUUUAAGGCCUCAGUACAAGAGCAACCACGGACGAGAAGAGGAAUUCUUUCGGUGGUCAGCUCCCUUUAUGACCCAUUGGGCUUCCUUGCUCCAUUCAGCAUGAUGGCAAAGUUGUUACUGCAGGAACUCUGUAAAAGAAACCUAGGAUGGGACGAAGUUAUUCCCCAUGUUCUCACUAAGCAAUGGGCUGGCUGGUUGGAAGAUCUCCACAAGGUGGCAAGGUUCAAGAUUGAUCGUUGCAUUAAGCCUAAUGACUUUGGCAACCCUCUCACUAUACAGCUUCAUCACUUCUCUGAUGCCAGCGAGGUUGGGUAUGGAGCUGUCUCUUACUUAAGACUGGAAAGGGACAAUAAAGUGCAUGUUGCAUUUAUGAUGGGGAAGGCCAGAGUUGCUCCACUGAAGCAGACAACAAUUCCUCGCCUAGAGCUAACAGCUGCAGUCCUUGCUGUCAGAGUAGACCGCAUGCUACGGAAGGAGUUGCAACUUAGGCUGGAGAAGUCAGUUUUCUGGACGGACAGCACAACAGUCCUUAAAUAUAUAUCAAAUGAAAACCGGCGAUUCUAUACCUUUGUGGCCAACCGAAUUGCAGUCAUCAGGGAGGCAACUGAUAUUGAUCAGUGGAGAUAUGUGGGGACAAAGGAAAACCCAGCAGAUGAAGCGUCAAGAGGAAUGAGGGCAGAAGAUCUCCUGAAUGGAAGGAGAUGGAUAAUGGGACCUGAUUUCCUUUACAAGUCCAAGGAAGGGUGGCCUAAAUUAGAUGAAGACCUUCAGUGGGUGUAG